UUAAAUGGAUCAACCAAAAAUAAUAGUUGCAGUCAGAAAGCGUCCAUUAUCUAAGAAGGAAAGUAAAGAAGGCUAGAAAGAUAUUGUUGAGGUUUAAGGCAAUACUGUAAUUGUUAGAGAACCAAGGUAUGAUUAGUAUAAUCCUAUUAGAGUGAAAGUGGAUUUGACUAAAUUCAUUGAAGAAUUCAAUUUCACCUUUGAUGCUGCCUUUGACCAAUAAUAUACAAAUGAAGAUUUGUAUUAGUAACUUGUAAAACCUAUGGUACAAGCAGCGAUAACCGGAACUAAAAUUACUUGUUUUGCCUAUGGCUAAACAGGCUCUGGUAAAACAUAUACAAUGUUGGGGGAUUAUAAUGUGGUAGGAAUCUAUACAUUAGCAGCAUAUGAUUUAUUUUAGUUGAUAACAAAUUCCAUUGUGUUGAGUGUUUCAUUCUAUGAAAUUUAUUGUUCUAAAUUAUUUGAUUUGUUGAAUGAUCGAGUUUAACUAAUAGCUCGAGAGGAUGCAAAAGGUUAAGUCAAUAUAGCAGGCUUAUCAGAGACAAAAGUGCACAGCGUGUAGGAAUUUUAAAAAACUGUAGAAAUGGGAAUCAAGAGUAGAGUUACAGGAUAAAAUAGUGUUAAUUAAGAUUCAUCCAGAUCUCAUGCAAUUCUACAGAUAAACUUGAGACAGCAUAACAAAAUCAUUGGAAAAUUGUCAUUUAUUGAUUUAGCAGGUAGUGAAAGAGGUGCUGAUGUAGUUGAAUAUCAUAAACAAACUAGAAUAGAUGGAGCUGAAAUUAAUAAGUCAUUAUUGGCUUUAAAAGAAUGCAUUAGAGCUCUAGAUUUAAAUAAAAAUCAUACACCCUUUAGAGGAUCCAAAUUGACUUAAGUGCUUAAGGAUUCAUUUACUGGAAAUUGUAGAACUCUCAUGAUCGGUACUAUCUCACCUUGUCAUAAAGAUGCAGAACAUAGUCUUAACACUCUAAGAUAUGCAGAUAGAGUAUUUUGAUAUCUUACUAUUUUGUAGGUUAAGGAAUUAAAAGCUCCUUAAGCAUCCAGCAGUGUUGAUUAAUUAACAAGAGAAUUAAUGUUACCAAGAUAAUACAUCAUGAAUAACUAUUUAUUCGAAAGUCCUUAGGCUGUUAAAUCUAAUUCACCUCCUAAAUUGUUUGAUCAUGAUAAUGGAGAUUAAUAUGAAGAUGAAGUUUAAAUGAAACCUAAUCGAAAUAGUAAUCUUAAGGAUAAAUACGAUGAACUCAUUUAACAAAUUUUAGAUGAAGAAAGAGCUCUUAAAAAGGCACAUAGAGAUCAUAUUGAUGAUUUGAUUGAGUUGGUUAAUGAUGAAAUGAAAUUAUUAUAAGCUGUUGAUCAACCUAAUUCAGAUAUUGAAGAAUAUGUUGAUGGUCUUGAUCAUGUGUUAAUGUUGAAAAUCGAAAAGAUUAUGAGGUAGAUUUAUUAAUUAAUUAUUCCUUAGAUUACGAAAGAAGUUACAAUAAUUCAAGUAGCAUUUGAUGGAUGAAUAAGAUUUAGCCCAUUAAUGCCAAACUCAUUUCUAUCAGAAACCACACUAAAACUGA